UUCACCGGACGGAGAGUUCAGCCGCUCUACCGGUGAUGUUUUGAGAUAUUUUCGGUUUUGCGCCGCGACAGAAUCAUGAGUGUCGCGCUGAAGAGCUGGAGGGCCAAUGAAGGACUCAAACACUUGACUGUGAUGGUAUGGGUGGCUGUGAAUGUCUUUCUGUUCUGGAGAACAUUCAUGCUGUACUACAGCGGAGCACAGUAUUAUUAUUUACACAAGAUGCUGGGGCUGGGUCUCUGCAUCAGUCGAGCGUCGGCCUCCGUUCUCAACUUGAACUGCAGUCUGGUUCUGCUGCCAAUGUGCAGAUCUCUGCUUACCUUCCUCCGAGGAUCCCAGCGGGUGACUGGUAGAAGUGUUCGCCGUCUGCUAGAUAAGAGUAAGACUUUUCACGUGGCGUGUGGAGUCACUAUAUGCAUCUUCUCAGUGGUGCACGUGAGCGCACAUCUCAUGAACUUGGUCAAUUUCUCAGCUCGAUUUUCGGAGGAUUUCCCUGCACUCAAUGUGGCUCAGUAUCGAGGACAGGAUCCUAGAAUUCUCAUUGUAAGCACAGUUCCUGGAGUGACUGGAGUUCUGCUGGUGCUGGUGUUGUUUCUCAUGUGUACGGCUUCAUCUUACUGUAUUAGACUCUCAAACUACCAGAUAUUCUGGUACACACACAACCUCUUCAUCCUGUUUUACGUCCUUCUGAUGGUCCACGUAGCGGGGGGAGCUUUAAAGUAUCAGUCAAAUGUGGAGACACACCCACCUGGCUGCAUCCAAAACAAUCUCAGUUCAGACUCGUGGACCAAUCACAGAGCAGCAGUAGAGGAAAGGGCGGAGCUUUCAGACAGAUCACAGACAGUCUGUCAAGAAGAGGCUUGUUUUCAUCCUCAUUUCCCUCAGACGUGGCUGUGGGUCUCUGCUCCUCUCUGCCUGUAUUGUGCUGAGCGGUUGUAUCGCUUCAUAAGGAGCAGCACAGCUUCUGUUACCGUAGUUUCUGUCAUUAGUCAUCCGUGUGAUGUCAUAGAAUUGCGCAUGCUGAAGAGUGGCUUUAAGCCCCGCCCUGGACAGUACAUCAUGCUGAACUGUCCGAAUGUGUCGUCAUUUGAAAACCACCCCUUCACCCUGACCACAUGUCCAACAGGCAAGAAUGAAACAUUUGGUAUUCAUCUCAGAGUGCUGGGAGACUGGACCUCUAGGUUUUCUCAGCUGCUGCUUCAAUCACCAAACAGCUCUGAGAUCCUUCCCAUGAUGCACCAGAGGCGAUAUCCCACGGUACACGUGGAUGGUCCAUUCGGCAGUCCGUCAGAGGAGGUGUUUAAUUAUGAGGUCAGCCUGUGUGUGGCAGGAGGGAUCGGAGUAACGCCGUUCGCUUGUGUCCUUCAAGCACUUUAUGACGACUGGUGUCAGUAUAAGCUGAAGCGGCUGUAUUUCGUCUGGAUCUGCAGAGACAUUCAGUCCUUCUACUGGUUUGCUGAUCUACUGUGUGGCCUUCAUGAGAGGCUGUGGCAAGACAAUCGUCCAGACUAUCUGAACGUCCAGCUUUAUCUCAGCAACUCUCAGGAAUUACAGAGCAUUGGUGAGGAACGGUACCGUUUCCUAAGUUCCAGGCUUCAGAUUGGUCGACCAAAUUGGAAGCUCCUUUUCCAGGAAAUAGGCAGAGCCAAUCAGUUUAAAAGAGUGGGAGUUUUCUGCUGUGGACCCAAAGGCAUCUCCAAAGCGUUACACACUCUGUGUAAUUCAAACCCACACUCACACACAGCCUUUGAGUACAACAAAGAGUCCUUCAGCUGAGGAUCACAGACAAAUUAAACCCAAUUUACACUUCUGCAGCGAGUGAUUGCCGUACCCAGAGGCGCAUUCUGUGCACGUAUGUGGAUGCCGUUAUAAGCAAUUUUCUCUUGCAUUAUUGACCUGCAGUAACUCUUCUGAAACACUAGUAGGCGGUGGAGUUUCUAUGCUCACUGUGUGUACUGUUCAAAUUGACGUUGGAGGCUGUUGGAGGCUGUUUUUGCCCCAUUGACUUCCAUUAUAAUGACUUUUUUGAUUGCAAAGCCUUGACACCAAAUAACAGGGUUCUCGCGGGUCCUUAAAAAGUCUUAAAAUGUCUUAAGUUAAAAUCCGUGAAAUUAAGGUCUUAAAUAGUCUUAAAUUUACCGUAAAGUGGCUGUAGAUAUUAGAUUUUCAGCCGGUGUGCUUAAUGACGAUGGGGAAGCACAGUGGUCCAACAAAACAUUUAAUAGCUGAUUAAUUUAGUAUGUGUGAAACAGGAGAGAAAGUCAGUCUCCGUGAUUUAUUAGCUUAUUACGGUAGGUCGGCUACAGACGCUUACGUCGGUCUGCACCUGCGUGCUAUCAUUACGCGGUUGUCGAGGUGAGGUUCAAAAUGCAAAGAUGGCAAAGUGUAUAUUUAACGACGUGGCAAUGUGUAAAUUCUGCAAAAAGACCUUUUUGUUAGGGACCAUGGGGCUCAAAGCCGCCGAGUCGCACAUGAAAGGAGGAAAACACCAGCAGCUAGUCAUAGCGGGUCCAGGUUAAUCCCUGCUAUGUUUGCAGCUCGACCUAACAAUGUUACUAGUUCAGCCUAGAGCUGACGUUCUUUGAACCGACAGGUUCGGGUGGGUUCGGACUUUUAUAAUUUUAGACGGGGUUGGGCUGGGCUUGGGCUUGUGCAGUAAAUGAACAGUCAUGUGAAGCAUUUCGAUUAGCGUGAGGAAGUAAUCAAAUCAUUUGUUACAACAUUAAAAUGCAUCUCUGCAAAGGUGAAACAAAUGUUGAUGGAGAAGUCAAAAAGAGCGGUUUUUAGACUGCGGUCAGGCCAGCUGCUAGUUCAAUAAGAACAGUCAUUCUAGCCGCUAAGGUAUUUCGGCGGUCGCUCAUACACUAUGAAUUACGGUAGAGCGCUAAACAGCAAUUUACAGCGAGCUGACAGGGAAGAUGACGAGGUCACUCGCUACACUGAAACCGAUGUCAUGUAAAAUAAAAUGAAUGUUCUUGACUGGUGGAAGAUGGACAAACAAUCCUACCCAAAACAUGCUAAAUGGGGUAUAUGCCGAAGCAUGCUAAUAGGACUUUUAAUUUGCCAGUAACCUGGGUUAAUCGUUUCCGGUGAAGUGUAUGCCAAUGCAAAAUCGGCACAUUUAAGGUCUGUUUUCUUUAAAAACCGGCGAUCUCCACUGGCUGAGUGAUAUACGAUAUAAAGUGCGUCUCAGAUUGUACAAGAAGUACUGCAUUAACUUACAUUUUUCCCGCCAUGUCUUUAUAAUAUGAACAUUUAUUUUACCCCAGUAUAUACAAUGGAGCUUCUGCGCUAGCCUGCCGUUUCUAGUGGUCGCGUGCGAGUAAACGGCUUUUUGUCUCGUUUUACGCUUGAGCAACUAAAUGAAUGCCAAAGUCUGUUUAACUGAUUGUAUUUGAAUUACAUUACAACAUCGAUGCUGUGAAAUGAACCGUAUAAAAUGGAAAAAACUAACAAUAACAGGUCACUGGAAGUUUAUCAGUAUGGGAAACACACUAGCUCAGCAUAUUAGCCAGAUCAGUAGUGCAUCCCGGCCAGUAGCAGCAGUGAAAAGGUGUUCAGUGCUGCUCAGUGAGCGCAGGACUGCGCUAAAGCCAUUUACAGUGGAUUCAAUAAUGUUCCUCCACAAAAACACGUAGUCUAUUCAUGAUGAGUAACGUUAAAGAAUUUUCAAAUCAUAACUUAAUAUUAAAAUUAAACCAUAAAAUCAUAAUGUAGACAGAGUAUAUAGGCUAAUGUUGGCAUUAAUCUUUUAUUAUUCAGCUUCUCCCUCACCUUAAUGCAGAUUGUGAAGAGAAGCGGCUAAACAAAUCCCACAGAGCCUUUAUCUUAAUUUCAUUAUUGCCAAAUACUGUCAUCAUUUAUCAUUUAUUUUAAUUUAAUUUGUUAAGAAAGACUUAUAUUUAUUGGUGUGUUGGCCAAUUUAAAGGCUAAGUGUAUGUACCCAGGCCUAUUUAGAGUGCUGAGAUGUUAAGAUUUUACAGAGGACUUUUUUUUGUUUCAACUUCCAAGUGGCCUAUAGCCCAUGUUAUGAAUAACUAAUGUUAACACAUAUAAACGACUCAUUCAUGAAAAACGGCAAAAGAGCUGUGAGGCACAAUUUAUUUAAAUUGAACGAGGACAUUAAGUUGAGUAGCCUAUUCCAAAGAAAUGCUGAAAUUAUAUUUGUUGAGGUCUUAAAAAUGGCUUAAUAAGCAUUACAUUUAACUUUUAAAAUGGUGCAAGAACCCUGAAUAAUCAUGCAUUCUUGAUUAUAGGUUGUUUUCAAUCACGUGGUUCUGGUGACGUGCGAAAUUUAGAUGGAGGGCAGGAAGUAAAAAACUAAAUGGGAAACAUUGGGGAAAGUCCUUAUUUUUGUAAUUUAUAUCAUAUUUCAAAGGACAAAUACAGUUGAAGACAGUAUUAUUAGCCCCCUGAAUUAUUAGCCCCUCCGUAUUUAUUUUUCCCCCAAUUUCUGUUUAACAAUGAGAAUAUUUUUUUCAGCACAUUUCUAAUCAUAAUAGUUUUAAUAACUCAUUUCUAAUAACUGAUUUAUUUUAUCGUUGCCAUGAUGACAGUAAAUAAUAUUUGACUAGAUAUUGUUCAAGAUACUUCUAUACAGCUUAAAGUGACAUUUAAAGGCUUAACUAGGUUAAUUAGGUUAACGAGACAGGUUAGGGUAAUUAGGCAAGUUAUUGUAUAAUGAUGGUUUGUUCUGUAGACCAGUGUUUCCCGACCCUGUUCCUGGAGGCACACCAACAGUACAUAUUUUGGAUGUCGCCGUUAUCUGACCCAUUACCUUCAGGUGUUGGAGUCUCUUCUGAUGUUCUGAUGAGUUGAUUCAGGUGUGUUUGAUUAGGGAGAGGUUGAAAAUGUGGACUGUUGGUGUGCCUUCAGGAACAGGGUUGGGAAACACUGCUGUAGACUAUAGAAAACAAAUAUAUCUUAAAGGGGCUAAUAAUAUUGACCUUAAACUGUAAUUUAAAAAAUUUAAAACUGCUUUUAUUCUAGCCGAAAUAAAACAAAUAUGACUUCCUCCAGAAGAAAAAAUAUUAUCAGACAUACUGUGAAAAUUUCCUCGCUCAGUUAAACAUCAUUUGGGAAAUAUUAAAAAAAGAAAAAAAAAUUCAAAGGGGGGCUAAUAAUCUGACUUCAACUGUAAAUAGAAAAUAAGCACAUAUCUUGGGCAUGAUUCUUAUAUCAUGAAGAGGACCGAGUUUUUCACUGAACCAACAUAUAUUUGCAUGUCAUCGAGGCGAUGGAUAGCUACUGUAAGCUAUUACAUGAAAAAAAAUUAUAGUAAGGACUAUAGUGUUUUAAAGCAUGCUUGAAUUAAACUCUCGUAGUAAUUAUCUGGUUAUAACACAACUGUAGUGAUAAACAAAUAAUGCAAUAUGCUACAUUUUAUAUAAUAAUUUUUUCAGGGUUUUCACCUUUAAUAUGUAGGACAAAAGAUAUUAUUGACAGGAAAGCAUGGGGAGCAGAGAGAGGGGAAGGAUCGGCAUAGGACCACAAGGCGGAAAUCAAACUGCAUGUGUCAACGAACUAACCACUACACCACUGGCGCCAAAUAUUGCAACAUUUUAAUUGUGCACCACAGUUUACACUAACAUUACAGUAUUUAUUAGAGUUUACCAGUAUUCUGUAGCAUUCGUAACACAGAGCUACUAUACAUUAUACACUUUACUAUAAUGUGUUUCAAAAACAUAUUAUAAAUGACUAUAGUUUUUCCCAUGCGGAUAACGUUAUAUCUUCCAGACAUAUACACAAAACAAAAACAGAUGAAAGCACAUAAAAGCGUGGAUGCUACAUUAUUAUUAUCAUCAUCAUCAUUAUAUAUUUUUAGUGGUAAAAAGUGCUCCACAAGUCUAGUUUUCAGUUGCAUUUCUAUUUUGUUCGGUCGAUGAACUUACCAUCAAUCACUCAACGUUGCGGCGCAUCUCAAUGUUCGCGUUACCGUUGUUUAUUCUGCCGAAACGCCAGUAAAGACAUGGAUUAUUGGAAAACAAGACGGAGAUUUCAUUGCAGCGAUUACAUGGCAGGGUACGUUAUUUAUAUUCUCCUGGAUUUUGUAUGUGUGCUGGUGUUUGUGUCUGAUUUUAUAUAACACGUUAACAUAUAACACACAUAGCUAGGCUUGUAUAUGAUAAUUAGUAGUGCUGUCAAAUGAAUUAUCGUGUUUAAAAAAAUUUGUACACAUGAAUAUAUUGAUUGAAUGUUUAUUACAUGCUUCCUUUUCUUCCGUUUUUCAGCCAGUUUCUUCAACUUUUCCCCCUUUAUGAGCAAAAACUUUGGAGUUUUAUAAAAGCUGUUCGGCUUCUCUUAUUUUGGCCGAUUUAAACUAUUAUAAACAACAUAAAACAGAAACAUUCUGAUGUUCUUUAGCGAUUCCUAUCUAGAAGAAUCACUUCCUGCCCUCCACCUGAGUCUUGCAUGUCAU